AUGUGUCAAACAUAUGGGACAAAAGAGUUGUCUCAGUUUUCUAAAGAGGGAGACAUCAACAUUGGAGGCAUUUUUUCUUUCCACCAGAAUCCAGUCAGGGUCAAUCCUGCUCUCCAUGUCAACCCAGGAACAAUCAAGUGUGAAGGACUGGACCCUGGUGAGCUUCAGUAUGCAUACACUAUGAUGUUUGCCAUAGAGGAGAUCAACAACAGCUCAGAGCUUCUGCCUGGAGUGACACUUGGCUACAGAAUCUUUGAUUCAUGUCCCAGCAUCCCUCUGUCCAUCAGGGCGUCGUUAAACCUGAUGAACAGGUACGAGAGCAGGGAAGACAGCUGCAGCAAACUCUCUAAUGUGCAUGCAGUCAUAGGAGAAACCACAUCCACCUCGACUAUAGGUAUCGCUCGCACCAUGGGACCGUUUCAUAUUCCUGUGAUCAGUCAUUCAGCCACUUGUGCAUGUCUUGGCAAUAGAAGAGACUACCCCUCUUUCUUUAGAACCAUUCCAAGUGAUAUCUACCAAAGCCAAGCCUUAGCAAAACUUGUGAAACACUUUGGCUGGACCUGGGUUGGGGCAAUCAGAACUAACAGUGACUAUGGGAAUGGUGGAAUGGCCACUUUUCUUGAAGCAGCCGAGAAAGAGGGAGUGUGCGUUGAGUACUCUUUGGCUAUUUACAGAACGGAUCCCAGAAAGUGGUUCUUAGAGGUGGUGGACAUCAUUAAAAAAUCCACCUCUAAAGUAAUAGUAGCAUUCGCUGAUGGCACUGACCUUGACAUACUCAUUAAGGAGCUUUAUGCUCAGAAUGUGACAGGCCUGCAGUGGGUGGGCAGUGAAGGCUGGAUUACUUAUCGCUACAUUGCCUCACCGGUGAACUACGCUGUGGUGCAGGGGGCAGUAGGCUUUGCAGCCUUGAAUGCUCACAUCCCUGGACUGCAGGAGUUCUUAGCAAACAGCAGGCCCUCCAUCACUCCUGGAGAUCAGGGAUUGGUGGAGUUGUGGGAGAUGGUGUUCGACUGCACCUUGACUCCAAGAGCUGAGACUACAGCUCAGGGUUUAGCCCCAGCCUGCACGGGCAAGGAGUCUCUGAGGGAUACAAACACACGCUUCACAGAUGUAUCUGAUGCCAGCCUGCUGAAUAAUGUUUACAAGGCAACAUAUGCAGUCGCUCAUGCAUUGCAUAUGCUCUUUACCUGCAUUGAUGGGCAGGGGCCUUUUGAAAACAAUACUUGUGCUGACAGGGAGAAUGUACAGCCAUGGAAGGUUUUGCAUUACCUAACCCAGGUGAAUUUCACAACUAAAAUAGGUGAAAAUGUGUUCUUUGAUGAGUUGGGUGACCCUGUGGCACGUUACGCACUGGUGAACUGGCAGAUGGAUGAGACAGGUUACAUACUCUUUGAGACUAUUGGUUACUACGAUGCCUCCAAGCCUGAAGGCCAGCAGUUUGAGAUGAAAGCAGGAGUCAGUGCCAUCUGGGCAGGCGAGAAUCUUGAGGUGCCGAGGUCUGUGUGCAGUGAGAGCUGCCUUCCAGGGACUCGUCGUGCGUUCGUCAAGGGCAAGCCUAUCUGCUGUUUUGAUUGCAUCACCUGUGCUGAUGGGGAGUUCAGCAACAGUACAAAUGCAGUGAAAUGUGACAAAUGCCCCCCAGAGUACAAGUCCAACGAAGAGAAGAAUAACUGUGACUUGAAAGCGAUUGAGUUCCUCACCUUCAGGGAACUGAUGGGUAUACUUUUGGUCACUUUCUCUGUCUUUGGGGCCUGCCUGGCCAUGACCAUAGCCCUGAUAUUUUUCCAUUACAGACACACUCCAAUUGUUCGGGCCAACAACUCUGAGCUGAGCUUCCUCCUGCUCUUCUCCUUAACUUUAUGCUUCCUGUGCUCUCUCACUUUCAUCGGCCGGCCCUCUGAGUGGUCCUGCAUGCUGAGACACACAGCAUUCGGCAUCACCUUCGUCCUCUGUAUAUCAUGUAUUCUUGGCAAAACUAUUGUUGUCUUAAUGGCAUUUAAAGCCACACUUCCAGGCAGGAAUGUGAUGAAAUGGUUCGGGCCUGUACAGCAAAGAAUCAGCGUGCUAGCUUUCACUCUGGUACAGGUUUUGAUCUGCAUACUUUGGUUGACCAUUAAUCCUCCUUUCCCAUUCAAAAACAUGAAACACUACAAGGACAAGAUCAUCCUCGAGUGUGCCCUGGGAUCACCUGUGGGCUUCUGGGCUGUCUUGGGUUACAUUGGACUUCUUUCUCUCUUGUGUUUUAUUCUGGCCUUUCUGGCUCGAAAGCUGCCCGAUAAUUUCAAUGAAGCGAAAUUCAUCACCUUCAGCAUGUUGAUAUUCUGUGCAGUCUGGAUCACAUUUAUCCCAGCAUAUGCCAGCUCCCCAGGAAAGUUCACUGUGGCUGUGGAGAUAUUUGCCAUUCUGGCCUCCAGUUAUGGGAUGCUGUUUUGUAUUUUUCUGCCCAAGUGCUACAUCAUUUUAUUAAAGCCUGAGCACAACACCAAAAAGCAUCUGAUGGGUAAAGUAACCCCAAAAUCCCUCUGA